ACUUGAUCCAUUGCUAGGUGUACUCUCGGCAAAAGAAAACUAACAAGAGGCUGGGUUUAUACAAAAGUGUUAUGUGAUAAUAAUUUAAAUGAUAUGACUGCAUAUUGUAGUUAUUCAUUCACAUAUCUUUAGAAAUGUUUAUGAAAUAAUUGUAUCUAAAUUUCAUGUGGAUAAACUUAAUGUAAAAAUGUGGAGCAACAUUUUAGCGCUUUCAUCCGUAGGUGCUUUGGCCACAUACAUAAUACAAUACAGAGACUGGGUCGACUGGAAUAAGAAGUUUAUUUAUAGAGUUGCACCCGGACCGUGCAAACAGGUGUUAACAGAAGGUGGUUCGGAAGAUGUCACUUCUAUUGGCAAUGAUGUCGUACUUAUAUCAUCAGGUUUGGGCGCAGGAGAAGGUGAAGGCGUUAUGAAAGCUCUGGAUCUUAACACAAGCCAAGUUGUUACAAUGAAAGUUCGUGGAGCACCCAAAAGAAAGGAUUUCAUGACAAAGCCUCACGGAAUCUCAACCUGGACUGAUGAAAAGGGGAAAGUAUAUUUAUACGUUUUAACACACCCGUCAACAGAAGAUAGGAUAGAAGUAUUCAAGGUUAAAGAGAAUAAUGUUUUGAAAUAUAAACGAACCAUUACCGAUCCACUUUUUGGCGAAAUGAACGAUUUGGUCGUAAUUGGGCGUGACAAGUUCUACAUCACCAUGUUGCUGCACUAUCGCGACAAACCAAUGCGAACAGUUGAGUACAUGACGCAAAGUGCAUGGGGAGCUGUACUAUACUAUGAUGGCAAAAAGGCGAGAGCUGUUAUCCCGUCUGGUCUAUUUAUGCCAAACGGUAUCAACAUUUCACCUGACCAAAAAAUGAUAUAUGUGUCGGAGUUUGGGAAGAAGAGGCUUCUUGGUUAUCACAGAGCAGACGACAAUCUCUUGACAAAGGCGUGGUCAUAUGACGUGGAUACAAUGGUUGACAACAUAGAAGUCGACCAGGAUACAGGCGAAUUAUGGAUUGGAUGUCAUCCUGUAACGUAUCGCAUACUAGAUGAUAUGACAAAUGCGUUUGGACUGACGUUGCCAUCACAGGUAUUGCGUUUCAAAAUGGAAGACAACAUGGUGUCUAGCGUAGAGGAGAUUUACGCUGACGAUGGGUCCGAAUUGUAUGGUUCAACAGCGGCGACAUAUGUAAAUGGAAAACUUGUAAUUGGAUCAGUCAAAGCUGAGACUGUCGUAUGCGAUGUGAAUUACUUAUCACCAUAACAUUAACAAGCUUAGCAGAUAUUGACCAAUGUGAAUCUGAUCUGAAUAUAAA